AUGGCACAUAUAUCUGACGUGGGAUGUUUUGUUACCUUAGCAGAUUCAUUGGUGAUAAUUGACCCAAACAAAUUAUCUCAGUUCAUUUCGAAUGAUCUGGCUUUUCGCGGAGGCGGAGAAGUCAUUUCAAUGCCCUUACAACUACUUCAUCCCAUUAAACCGGGGCUGUGGUCAGUUUACGCCAUAAUAGCUGAGUCAACAGAAGCACAUUACAAAGUAUCAAAUGUUGAACAGUUAGUUUGUGUUUCCACGUCGGAGAUGGAAUGGAACUUCUCAUCCGUUGAUGUUCUAAAUGCGUUGGAUUGGACACAUUACACCCCGCCGGAAGGAGUUAUAUUUCCCUAUAAAUCGGAAAUUGACACCACCAGUGGUCAAGUUGGAAUUUUUUGCCUAGAGUCAAUUAGAAAUGCGGAGAAAGAUGAAAAUUUCAACAAUACCUCAUGGCUGCAACAGAUGGAGAUGGCUACUUGUAACAAGGUCCAAGUGGGAUUGUCUGACUUGCCAAACUCUCCCAUAGGAUGCGUAUUUUCACCAAUUUGCGGUCACAAGGUGGAACUAAAGGUUGUUAAUUUUCACCAUUCAAAUGAGAUAUGGGCUUUUAAACUUUCAAAAUCUUAA